AGCGAGCGAGAGAGAGAGAGAGAGAGAGAGCGAGAGAGAGAGAGACGCUUGACUGAGAGCUGACCGUGUUUUCUACAGGAAACAAAUCAGAGAGAGAGAGAGUGUGAGAGAGUGAGUGAGUGAGUGAAAAUGCUGUUGUAACCGCUGUGUUUCGUCGCGGUUUUGUGAGUGUUUUCCUGGAAGCGGACGCUUAGCGAAUCACGCCAAUCUGGAGACCCGUUUGUUUAGACCCGGGAAUCUAAGCUAAAGGUGUUUAUUUUGUGUUUUUGGAGGCGUGAGGCUCGAGACUUCGCGCAGAAUGACCGUUGACUGGCCCGAUCUGCUUAUCGUUCGCGGGCAUUAGGUUGAAGGAACUAUCACUACCUCCUUUUGCUGGCGAAACAAACAACGCAUUUGCCUUCGAGUGUCUUUUGGUUCCAAAGGAGGAGAAUAAUGGCAUUGCUGGCAGUUCGAAUGCUUGUGCUGGGCUUGUGGAUAGGGGGGCAGUCAACCACUGCAGGAGAGGGACAGUCCACUCCGGCCACAUGCUCUCCGCUGUGCCGCUGCGAUGAGGACGGAGGAGCGGACUGCUCUGGACGAGGACUGACCACCGUUCCCACCGGCCUCAGCGCUUUCACAUAUUACCUGGACAUCAGUAUGAACAACAUCACUGAGCUGCCUGCUAAUGUCUUCAGAAACCUGCCCUAUCUAGAAGAACUACGUUUGGCUGGUAAUGACCUUGCUUUAAUCCACCCAGAGGCUCUGUCUGGCCUCCAUCAGCUUAAAGUCCUGAUGCUUCAGAACAAUCAGUUGAGGACUGUCCCCAGUGCAGCUCUCAAGAAUCUCCAUGCCCUGCAGUCUUUGCGGUUGGAUGCUAACCACAUCACUUCAGUGCCUGAGGACAGUUUUGAGGGACUGCAGCAGCUCAGGCACCUCUGGUUGGAUGACAACAGCCUGACUGAGGUUCCCGUUGGCCCCCUACAGCACCAGAGUAACCUGCAGGCCCUGACGUUGGCCCUCAACCGGAUCACACACAUCCCAGACAAUGCCUUCGCCAACCUCUCCAGCCUGGUUGUAUUGCAUCUACACAAUAAUCGGAUUCAGGAGAUUGGAAAAAACUGCUUUAAUGGGCUGGACAACCUGGAGACAUUGGAUCUAAACUUCAACAAUCUGAAGACCUUCCCAGAGGCCAUUCAGACACUGCCCAAGCUGAAAGAACUUGGAUUUCAUAGCAAUAACAUCGCAUCCAUCCCCGAGGGAGCCUUCUGUAGGAAUCCCCUGCUACGCACAAUCCAUCUGUUUGACAACCCUCUUUCCUUCGUGGGAACCACUGCUUUCCAGAACCUGUCAGACCUGCACUCUCUAAUGCUGCGUGGUGCCAGUAUGAUGCAGGAUUUCCCCAGCUUGACUGGAACAAUAAAUCUAGAAAGCCUGACUUUAACAGGAACUAAAAUCAAAAACAUCCCAGCAGACCUGUGUGAGGAUCUGACUGUGCUCCGAACACUAGAUCUUUCCUAUAAUGAGAUUGAAGACCUGCCGUCCUUUCAGGGCUGUGUUAGACUGCAGGACGUAAGUUUACAGCAUAACCAAAUCCAGCAGAUAGACAGAGGAACUUUCCAGGGCAUGACUAGCCUAAGAGUGCUAGACCUAAGCAGAAACCGGAUCAAGUUCAUCCACAGAGAUGCUUUCCUUUCUCUCAGCGCUCUCACCAACCUGGAUCUCAGUCUGAACUCCCUAGCCAGUGUUCCUACCGCAGGACUGAGUGCACUGAACCAGCUUAAACUGACUGGAAACGUGGAACUGAGGAACGGCCUAAUGUCUAAAAGUCUGCCCAAACUGAGGUCCAUUACGGUUCCCUAUGCCUACCAGUGUUGUGCUUUUGUGGCUUGUGACAGUGCAGUUAACCCAGCUGAGGAAGACGAGCGGACAAAUGCAUUUGGUGGUGAGGAGGAGAUGGAAAGGAUUCCUCUAGUCAUGCACUGCUCACCCUCACCGGGGGCAUUUAAACCUUGUGAACACUUGUUGGGAAGCUGGAUGAUCCGGUUGACCGUGUGGUUCAUCUGCCUGGUGGCGCUUCUCUUCAACUGCCUGGUCCUUGCAGCCACCUUCUCCUCGCGCACCUCUCCUCUCUCCCCGGCUCGCCUCCUGGUGGCUCUCCUAGCCUCCGCUAACCUGCUGACAGGGGUCUACGUGGCGGCACUGACAAUCCUGGACUCUGUCACCUGGGGCUCAUUUGCCGAGUACGGCGUGUGGUGGGAAACGGGUGCCGGAUGUCAGGUGGUGGGCUUCCUCGCGGUGUUUUCCUCCGAGUGGGCUGUCCUGCUGCUGGCGUUAGCUGCUGUGGAGCGUUGCUUUGCUGUGAGGGCUCUGAUGGGGAAGGCAGGAGCUCUGAGGUCCAGUAGCGAAAGGAGGGAAAGACGAAGGAGGUUCGGUAUCGCCGCACUCCUGUUGGGAUUGGUAUCUGUCGCGGCGGCUUGCCUCAGUCUGUAUCACGAAUCAGCCAUGGGCUCUCCUCUCUGCCUGCCCUUCUCUGGAGGUCCUGGACCAGGUCUGGGGUUCACAGUGGCCCUGGUGCUACUGAACACACUAGCGUACCUGCUGAGCGCGGUUGUCUAUACGCGGUUAUACUGCAGGCUGGGUCGUGCCCAGUUGGCUGACCCCGAGCAGGCCGGGUCUGUGAGGCACAUCGCCUGGCUCAUCUUCACCAAUUGCAUCUUCUUCUGCCCGGUGGCGGCUUUUUCUUUCGCUCCCCUGCUGGCCGGGACCAAUAAUGCAGUGGGCGGACCGGAGAUGGCCAAAUCCGUGACGCUCAUAUUCUUUCCCCUCUCUGCCUGCUUGAACCCUGUGCUGUACGUCUGCUUCAGUCCUUCCUUCAGAUAUGACUGGCUUCGGCUUAGAGGACGGGGCAGGGCCGGAGGUUGCGGCGGGCUGGCCGGAAAAGCGGUUACUAAAGGGACAGUAGCAGGAGGUUCGGCGGUAUCUGACGAUGGCGAAGGCUUGUCUAGCGACUGCGGAAUGUACACAAAGCUGCACGGUGACACUCGGGGAAUGUGCAAACACUGUGACGCCGCCCUCCACAUCAGGACAUCUUCCUCUUCCGCUUCCUCCUCUUCCUCAGCCUGCAGACAUUUAGUGAAGUCCCACAGCUGCCCUGCCCUGAUGGCAAACGCACCUCAGUGCCUGAGCUCAGAGGGGUACUGGCCCGACACCGGGACGCUUUCCGCCCAGUCGGAAUAUGGAGAUGAGGGCGAUUCGUUUGUGUCGGACAGUUCGGAGCAGGUUCAGGCUUGUGGCCGAGCUUGUUUCUGUCAGAGCCGUGGCCUCCCUUUAGUACAUUACUCUUAUAAUAUCCCCCGCAUGACAGACUGAGCUCACAGCCCCGAGCACUCACACACUCACUUCCUCACAGAGUCCUCCAGGGUGUGGAGUGUCCCUGCUCCGCAAGGACAGAGAACAGGGAGGGGCUGGACACAUGGCUACAGAGCCAAUGGAGACACAAACAGACCUGAAGCACUUUUCUCUCUUUUCACACUGUGUGUGUGUUUGUGUGUUUGUGUGUUUGUGUGUUUGUGUGUGUGUGUGUGUGUGUGUGUGUGUGUGUGUGUGUGUGUGUGUGUGUGUGUGUGUGUGUGUCUGUGUUUGAGUGAAUAUAGACCAAAUCCAUGAAAAGGGAAUCUGACAAUAUAGAGAGACUCUCUGAGCCAAAUGUUGUCAGCAAACAACAUGUCUUGUUUUCUGUUUCCUGUCCCCCUCAGCCAAAUUCAGUUGCAUUGGUACCCAGGGCCGAUUGACAGUUGAUGGACACAGUGAUCUUAUCUCCCAGUGCCUGCCUUUCAGUUUGCAAGAGAGUAGAACUUGUCUGUUUAUUUUCUUGGGGCAUUUUUUAGAAAAGAAAAAUAUAUUUUCCCUUUUAUCCUUUUAAACGUUUGUCCUUUUGAUUUAAAGCAGGGAUAAUAUGUGCUAUUGUCUAUUUGUCUUUUAUUCUUUGUUAUCAUAAAGCCUGACUGUGGCGGGGGAUCCCGUUCUAUGUAGCAAAGUUUCUCCUAAUACUGGAGUUCCAGUUUGCCGAUGAGAAUGUAAUGUUCAUGCUGUCUUGUUCCCUCUCAUUUCCCUGAGUAAGUUCAUGUUGGCCAUUAUGUUGAAAAGCAUUCAUUUCUUGCUUGUUUAUUCUGAAAGUGGUCCUAAAAUCACAGUCCUCUCCAGCUAACAGAGUGAUCCAGUUAUGCCAGUACUCUAUUAACUGUUUAUGAAAAGAAAUCAUCUUUAAUAUAUGUUAUACAAUGACAUUUGGAUGUCUUGACCAGAGCGCUUCCUUAAUCACUAGUACGUUUUUAAUUUAUUUUAAGACAUGGAAAUGCUUUGAUGAAUGAAUGGCAAACUACACUUUUAGUCACUAGAUCAUUGCGAUUUAUGUAUUUUGUACACUGGUAGUGAAAAAAAUGGGUUUCAUGUUAGAGUCAUGUUAUGGUUGAUAAACUAUAAAUAUAAAUAUAUUAAUAAUUAUACUAUUAGCUCUAAAUAAAUUAAAAAUAAAUCUUUUUUUUUUACAUUCUACAACUGAAUUUGAGCAUCAGAACAUUAUAAUAUAACAUGAAAAAUUAUAACAGUUUGAGAUUUUCUAAAGAUUACAUUCAACAGUUAUUUAAUGAUUAGUUUUUAAAGAUUAACUUUAAUUUAAAAUGUGGUGACUGCAAACAUAAUCUAAGUGUAAAAAUAUGAAAAAUGAGCAGGCAAAAUGAAAUAUUCAAUAUUGUAAAAUCCCAGUAAAUGAAAAAAUCGUAUACAUUAAAAUAUCUUGAUCUUGAAUAUUGUGCAUCCCUACACAAAAGCUACCAAGGUCUUUAAUAUAUGAAAACCCUUUGUUAUUCUACACCUUCCAUCCGUACAGUAGCAUUCGUGUUGAUCAGCUGUAUAAUAUAUUGAUGUUGAAGUUGCCAUUAAGCUAUGUCAGGUGAGAUGGACAAUAGGACCAAUGUGUGUCUUUGUGUUCAGGAAUAUAGAACAUUUCAUCAUCAUGAUUCUACUUGUACACCUUUGUCCAUGUAUGUUCAGGAAUUCAAGCGAAAGGAAAUGUGUGUUUGUUUGCCUUAGAUACAGAAUGUCAACACCUUCCUUUGGUCUUCUAAUAUGUUUGCAAAGUGGAUGCCAUUUUGCCAGUCAUAUAAGCUCCUGGCAUCAACUGACAAGCCUUGCAGGUCGUAGCUACUAGAACUGACAGAAUUCCAAAUCACGUGUCUAUGCAUGUGUGUGAGGUCUGAAUGUGUGUGUGAGAGAGAUGUUUAGAGAUGUCAGAAUGAUGUAAAUUAUUUUUGUAGGACACAUCUAAUCAAAAAUGGGAUGCAUUGUCUAACUGUGGAAGCUACCUCUUCAACCGUAGAGGCUGCCAGUAGUGAGUAGUACAUGUGGUUACGUUUCACAUGCAUUUUGUUGGUAUGAUUGCUUGCGCUGUAAAUACAUCUAGUUGUAUGUUCUCACUGAAUGAGUCAUGCGUUAGUUUGUACUGGGAGAAAAUGACAUACUGUAUACAGACAUUUUUGUAAACCAAACUAUAUAAACUGAUUGGCUUUAAA